AUGGAUCUCUCGAUUAUUGCUACUUUCCUCGGUGGAUUUAUUUUGGUAUUUGGUCUGUGCUCCUCUUUCCUUAAAGAGAGGCUAUGUCUUUCAGAAGCACCCAUUGCAGUUGCUUUUGGUAUCUUGUUGGGUCCUGCAUGUGCAAACUUUAUCUCCUUUGCAACGGCAGAAGAACAAGAAAGCUUUACCUUGGGUAUCAGCCGAGUGAUCAUCGAUUUGCAGGUGAUGGCUGUGGGCCUUACAUUACCGAACCGAUACAUUUGGGAUGAAUGGCUAUCUAUGCUCCUUAUUCUACUAGCAGGCAUGUCGCUUAUGUGGGUAGUAAGUGCAGCUUUAGUAGAAGCCUUGGUGCCUGGAAUGGAUUUUCUAGCAGCACUUAUGAUCGCCGCCUGUUUCACGCCAACGGAUCCUGUAUUAUCGAACGCCAUUGUACAAGGCCCAUACGCUGAACGUAACGUACGUGCUGGCAUUCGAUAUCUCAUUGCUGCUGAAAGCGCUGCCAACGAUGGUCUUGGUUACCCUUUUCUCUUUUUAGCCGUCUACUUGAUGAAAUUAUCGGGUGGUGAUGUCGUUAAAGAAUGGGUCAUACAAGCUGUGUUGCGUGGUGUAUUGCUCUCGGUUGCUAUAGGCGCUGUGCUUGGUACAGGUGCACGUCUUUUGCUCAAAAAGUGUCAUGAAUGGAACCUCAUUGAUAAGGAGUGGCUUGAGCUUGUAGGCUUUGCCAUGGGUCUAUUUUUGCUCGGUGUCGUGUCCCUCGUGACGAGCGAUGACUUGUUAGCGUGCUUUACAGCUGGUGUUGCACUCUCAUGGGAUGAAUGGUUUAGUCGACACACUCGCAAUUCACAUUUUCUGCAGGUGCUCGAUCCACUUUUAAAUGUCAUCAUCUUUACUUAUAUUGGGGCAACUAUGCCAUGGCAAGCCUUUGUGGAUCUAUCCUUGUGGCGCCUUUUUGUGUUGGCAAUCCUCGUUAUCCUUUUACGACGUGUACCAUCCACCUUGCUCUUGUACAAAUUUGUCCCUGCCAUUUACGACUGGCAGGAGGCUUUAUUCACAGGCUGGUUUGGACCCAUUGGUGUGGGAGCUAUCUUUUAUUAUGCAACGGCAACCGAUAUCUUUACACCCGAUGGCCCAUUUGCAUAUGCACGAGCGACACUUUUGCCUGUCGUCUACUUUAUUGUAUUGGCAUCUGUGGUUGUGCAUGGUUUUUCGAUUCCAGUGUGGGUAGGAACACGUGUCCUUUGGCAACUAUGUCGUGGCGAACGACGUGCAUCCGAUUUGUUUUCCUUGAAACGUAAUGAUUUGAGCCGAACCGAUCUCGAAAGUAUUGCCACUACAGCAGUCGAUGGCAAUGGUAACACAUGGAUGACCCAACAAGGCAAAAAGAAUGUCCUCAUGGAUUUGGAAAAACAAGCUCUUGGGUUAUCAGGAAAGGCUGCUAUUCCUACAACAACAAGCAAACAAUGCGACUCAACUACAGAUGUUGGGGCCACCACCGAUGAAAGAUCAAACACGGACAUUGAUGAAAUUACAACAGUAGAAGCAUCAUCAUCACCACCACCACCACCACCACCACCACCACGGCAAACGACGAUCACUAUCCAAGAUUGCCCACCAAGAAAACCUAAAACAUGA